AUGUACUGGCGCGUCGGGUUCGCCUGGACGCGCUCGUGUGUGGUUGAUCUUGGCCGGAACCAGAGCUUCUCCUUCGGUCUGGGCGGCUCCGAUGAGCAGCUCUCGUUUUAUGGGUACAUCAUCGCCUACCCUCUGCAGGACUACGGCGGGAUCAUGUCGGCCCUUGGGUCUGACUCGUGGUGGCGGAAAACGCUUUAUCUGGCCGGGGGCGCUCUGCUCGCCACCGCUGCCUAUCUAUUGCACGAGCUGCUCGCCAUCAGGAAAGAACAGGAGCUCAACUCUAAAGAUGCCAUCAUCCUUCACCAGUUCUCCAGGCCAAAGAGUGGUGUCCCUUCCCUCUCCCCCUUCUGCCUCAAGAUAGAAACCUACCUACGGAUGGUAGACCUGCCCUACCAGAACUACUUUGAUGGGAAGCUUUCUCCCCAGGGGAAGAUGCCAUGGAUAGAGUACAACCAGGAGCAGGUGUCUGGUACAGAGUUCAUCAUCGACUUCCUGGAGGAGAAGCUGGGCGUGAGCCUCAACAAGAACCUCAGUUCCCAGGAGAAUGCUGUGUCCCGGGCUGUCACUAAGAUGGUGGAGGAACACUUCUACUGGACCAUAGCGUACUGUCAGUGGGUGGACAACCUGGAGGAGACCCAGAAGAUGCUGGCGGUGAGCGGCCCGCUGAGUGACCUACUCAAGUGGAUCCUGAGUCACCUGACCGGCGGCAUCGUGAAGAGAGAGAUGUACGGCCACGGGAUUGGACGGUUCACCAAGGAGGAGGUCUACACUCUGAUGGAGAAAGACAUGCGGACGCUGGCCACCCUGCUCGGUGAUAAGAAGUACCUGAUGGGUCCUAAGCUGUCCAUGGUGGACGCCACUGUGUUCAGCCAUCUAGCCCCUGCCAUGUGGACCCUGCCGGGCACACGGCCAGAGCAGCUCAUCAAAGGCGAGCUGAUCAACCUGGCCAUGUACUGUGAGAGGAUCCGCCGGCGCUUCUGGCCCGAGUGGUUCGUUGAUCUGGAGGACUUCUGUUAUGAUGACACCACAGAGGACGAUGACUCCCUGUCCAAACUCCAGGACCUGGGGCUGUACUCCCGCACAGACACCUUCCAGGAUGAGGCCAGUCCUCCUCACACACACACACACACACACACAAUCUCCCCAGACAGUGACCGCACGGGCCACUCACUCUACGACUCGGACAUGGACACGGAGUGCUCCGAGAUGGAGCAGCUCAAGUGUUGACCGCCAUAUGACUCACACACAACACACACACACCGCCCCCAUACAGUGCCCUCUACCUGUUGAGGAGGGAAUAACUACUGGGGGGCAUUUCUGUUGCCAGUGGCUGUUGUUGCCUGUGCUAAUGAGGGAUGGUAUCAGAGCUUCUACACACAAUGUGCUAGAGGAACAAAAGACUGAAUAUCGAGAUAAAGGAAUAGCAAGAUAGAGAAAAUAAGGGUAAUAUAGCAAUAGAGAAAGAGCCCAAGAGGGAUAGAGAGGAAAAGAUCAACCUGAAAGAGAUAAAAGGGAAAGCGAGAGGGAUGGAGAAAAGAGUUGCGAAAGAGAGAUCAGGAGUUAAUGACGCAAUCACUGAGAAACUCCUCCACCUGGGUGACGUCAACACCUGUCGCCCAGUUUCCUGUUGUCGAGUUGCUCUUACCAUGGCAACCGUGUGUGUGUUACCUGUGUUCCCCAAUUGAGCUGCAUUGCCCCAACCAUGUGUGUUUGACAUACUGACCCCCUGACUUGCAUCCUUGCAAAAUAUGAGUCAUUAUAUUGAUAUUAUAUAUGAUAUGUGGGGAACUGUUCAGGCAAGAUGUGAAUGAGUACAGUUCAAUAUGAGUAUAAAUAGUAUAGAUAGCCUGCAAAUUAUAUAUAUUAUCCCAAUGUCAUAUAAUGUAAAUACUCUGUGUGGUUCUUCUGUACAACCUCUCAGUGCUUGUUUGAUAUGACCAAACUUCCUGGUGACCUUCAACUAACCCCUUGUGCUGGUCUAGGUUUUAGGAAUUCUAAUGCAUCUAUUUCUACCCAGAUGACUGACACUUUGCAUC